AUGGCAAGAGGCGGCCGGGGUGGAGGUAGUCGCAACCCAGGGAAUCAGCCAAGAGAAGUGCAAGUAUCGAGAAAGAUCAGUUGGCUGCUGAGGCAUGGUGCCAGUCAAGAAGGAUUGAACUUGGGCAAGGGUGGCUAUGUCAAUGUGCAGGACGCGCUCAACACCCACGCCCUGAAGAGCCUGAGAAUCACAUUCGUAGAACUCCGCGACAUAGUCGCAAACAACGACAAACAGCGCUUCUCCAUGAUCCCCGCAUCAUCACUCGACCAAGUCCCAGCCGACGACAACACCACUGAUCAGCCAGCCCCGGAACAACCGUUCCCAAGCAUCUCCGACUCCGACAACCCAGCAGACUACCUGAUCCGCGCAAACCAAGGCCACUCCAUCAAAGUCGACUCCGAAGGUCUCCUCGUCCCAAUCACCAAAGAGACCGGCAACAUCCCCGACACAGUUGUCCACGGCACCGAUGAGCGUGCGUGGAACCUUAUCCUCAAGGGCGGCGGCCUGCGUCGUAUGGGGCGGAAUCAUAUCCACUUUGCGUCGGGCUUGCCCGCUGGCUUCAAGGCCCUCGAUUCGAGCUCUGCGUCUACAGAGGAGAAGGAAGCUGCGCCUGUCAUCUCUGGUAUGCGCAAGAAUUCGUCUGUGCUCAUCUAUGUUGAUAUCGAGACUGCCAUGGCUGCUGGUAUCAAAUUUUUCGUGUCGGAGAAUGGCGUUAUUUUGACGGAGGGGGAUGAGAACGGACUGUUGUCAUAUACCUUCUUCAAGCUGGUGGAGAGUAGGAAGAAGGAUGGGGGUGUGUUGAUGAGUGAUGGCAAGUUGCCCGAGGGGGUGGUUGUGAAUGUCGAGGAGUGGGAGGCUGAGAUCGGUGAUGGCAAGAGAGGCAAUAGGGGAGGACGGGGAGGAAGAGGUGGUAGAGGCGGUCGUGGUAGGGGAGGCAAGGCAAGAGCAGGUGAAGAUGCGAAGGAUACGACUGCCGAAGCUUAG